AUGACCGCCAUUGAAAAGGGAGCUCGUGAUGGGAGCUGGCGACCCCGGGCACACUGGUCUUGCCACCGGAACAGCAUAUUCGACCUUGCUUGGGCCAAGGGCGAUGCAGUACUUUAUACAGCUUCAGGUCACCAGCAAGUAGGCGUUUGGGACACCGAUACUGCCAGGGCUUUGGCGGUGGCGGAGGGCCACGACGGCUCGGUCAAGUGCAUCUCCCCAUUACAUUUGUGCGAAGACGUUUUUGCAACAGGUGCGCGGGACGGACGCAUGAUGCUCUGGGAUGCGCGCUGCCCGGGUUUCAGUGGUCAGGCACCGCCUGUUGGUCGCCGGACUCAGGCGGGCACGGAUCUGGACAAUGCACCGGUCCUGUCGCCAGUGUGGGUCCAGGACAACGCACACACGCGGCCGUCAACAACCAGCGGCAGGGCCUCUACAAAGAUAGCCAAGCCCGCAUCCGUAACUGUGACAUCUGUCGCCUUUCUGCCGUACUCCUACUUGCUAGCCUCGGCGGGGGCGCAUGACACAGUCGUCAAGGUUUGGGACCUGCGGAUGCAUGGUCUACCGCUGUGCGACUUGGAGCUACCCAAAGCCGGCUGUGCAGGUCGCGCUUCCGGGCACAAGGCCAAGUCGGCUGACACCAGGUCAUGCGGUCUUCCGCACGAGGUGACUGAGUUCACGUGUCCAGCUCGUGCCUCAGCUGUGGGAGUGACACACCUGACUGUGUCGGAUUCAGGUGACCGCUUGCUGGUGAGCUGCCUGGACUCGCAACACCACCUCUUCUCCCUCAGCCGCCUCAUGUCUGGUCCGCUGGCCUCGUGGCGUGCACCACCGCCGGCCUUCAAGGGCAGCUUCUACAUGCGGAGCGCCUUUAGCCCCUGUGGCGACUACAUCCUCUGUGGCUCACGUGACUGUGGUGCACACAUUUGGAUGGCUGCCGACCCGCAGCGAUCGCCGAUUGAAUUGCCGCACGAACAUGAAGUGACGGGCGUCGCGUGGUGCCGCGGCGACUGGAGCAAGGUGGCUACAUGCAGCGACUCUGGGGAGGUCCGGCUGUGGACACUCAAUCGCCUACCCGCACGGGAGGCACGAGCGGUGGAGGAUGAGGCGCCGGCCAUGGCAAGCCAUGUCGCGGAGCUGGAUGCCAGUGUUAGGGGCGACGUGGCAGCGGAGCAGCUGCGGCAGACUGAGGCCGCCACGGCGGACCGAGCCGGUCUCUCCACGCUCCCUUCACGAGCUGUAGACGCCGUCCACGGCAGACACCGCGCCGCCAAGCCUAUUGUCAUCAGGCGUAAAGUGCAACAGCGCCUCAACCUGCUACCUAUGCCAGCUCCUGCACCACCGGCUGCUGCGGCGCCCGACCCGGCUACUGCACCCGCCAACACGACUGACCCCGCGCCUGGCGUUGGGCCCAUGCAUGCAAUACCGCUCUUCGCCGUAAUGGAGGAAGCAUCGGCAGCUAUAGACGCAGCGUUGGUGCAUGCUGCCGCCAUGGCUAAAGACAACGUCCUGCUGACCCCUUAUGGCGGCUCGCGAGGAAUGGAUGGCAAGCCACCACUGAUCUGCGCCGCGGCGAUACGGGCCAGCGCUCUGGCCUCCCCUGUAUCUAGUGCACCUGCACAACCCGCUGUACCCUCCGGGCCGGCGUCUGUGCGGCGAUCCAGUAUAUUACCGCCUGUGCCCAUCUUCAGCCCCGCCGUAAACUGCUGGCAGCAGCAGCAGCUUGUGAGGGCAGACGUCGCCGGUCAUGAAACAGCAGCAGCUGCGCCUCCAGGGGCGGCGGCAUCGGGAACUGCUGCUGGGGCCGGUGGCGCACACGCCACUGUGGAUAUGGGUUGCGGAUUAGAGGACGCUAUGAAAGGCCUGCCCUACGUCCGCACUCAGUCCCCAACCUGUUCGAGGCCGCGAUGCGGCGGUCAUGGUGCAGAUGGUCUUGGUGCCUCUGCAGACCACAGCUGGCGACUCAGCCAGCCAUGCAGCCAGCAUGAGCGGCGCUUCCUCGGGAAGCCCCCUUUGCCACCCCCACCCCAACAGCCAGAGCUGCCACCAAGCCUUUCCCUCGCACCGCCGCCCGCCGCGAUGCUGCCCCCGCGCGCCCAGCCCGUCUCGCUAUGCACCACGCCCGUCAGCUUUAACCGAUCCCGGUCCAGGCUGAGCCCUUUCAGCCCAUCGCGUACGUCCCUCGGCAGCGGGUCGGGUCUGUUUUCCACUGGAAUGGGCAGUUGUGGCCAAAGUAACGGGGCCCCCUGCGGGACCCCCACUGGCAGCCAGCGCCACGGGUUGUCGGGGCCAAGUCACCAGGCGCCGCAAGGCGUCGUGGACCAGAUCCUGCGCAACUCCCCACGGUACGGCAGUCGUACUGGUUUUGGAGGCGGUAAUUUGGACUUCAUGGUAUCACCCCGCUUCCGGCGCAUGAGUGGCGGGGACUUGGGGCCAGAUGCCGGCGAGAGCCCGGUCCAGCGGCGUCUAUUUGACACUGACGGAGAUGCCGACGCUCACCCACUUGGAAGUGAUGCCGGCAGGGCGAUUAUUGAUGCCGCUGAUGACCCGACCCCUCGGCUUCACCUCGGGAACAGCACGGACAUCAUCGCCGCUAUCGACAGUCUUCUGCAAUGCCCCAGUCGUGACAGUCGUGGUCGGCAGGCCGGCGUUGGGAUGGCUGUAUUGUCGCGCAGUCCGCGUUUGACAUUUUCUCCCAUCAUGUACGACGUCCAAGACGGCCAAGACGUCGGACCGGCUCUCCGGUACCGUGCCGCGAACCCAGAUGACAUGGGGCCCUAUUAUGGAUUCACGGAUGGUCUGGCCAGGGACGACGAAGCCGGCGACGUCAACCGCAGGAUGGUGCGGUUUUCGCCCGAAGCUAGGGAGCUGCGCAUCGCAUGGGAUGGCGAUGGUGCCGGAGAGCAGGAGCGUAUGGGCGACUCAGUGGGGCCCCUGGCGGUCCGGCAUGUAGACGACAGCUUCUUCAUGCCCAGUGGCAGUGUAGCGAACGGCGACGACUCCGAAUCUGAUUGGGAAUUUGAUCCCUACGGUGAUAAGGAGAACAUGCCGCCCCCGGAGCCGUUACCACCACCGCCAGCACCAACUAGUAGUGCCUCAGCUGGCGGUUCUGGUUUGCCAUCGGCCGGCCACGCGGAGGAUCAGCCGCUGCCACUGCCGCUGAUCGAGCCGUCUUCAUCAACUCCGACGCGUGCUGCAGCAACAGCUUCGGUGACGGCUACCGUAGCUGCUGCAACGAGUGUCACUGUUAGCACUCCAGAGCAGCCACGGGUUCGGAUGGUAUCGCCAUUUGCAGCGGCGUUCCUUCCCUUCGCAUCCACGGCUGAGUUUGCAGAGCAAGAUGAUGGGCCUCUGCGGCUGGGAACAUCUCCGUCUCUGCAUAGUGAGCCCACUGUCAGCGCCGGUAUCGCCCCGAGCACCGGUGUUGACAACAACGAUGGCCAGCCGUCCGACGGUGAGGUCAGGGAUGUGCCGGACCUAGGGCCGAGCUAUAUGCUUGCUUCCCUGACCGGUGGUGCAGACAACGGCAGCGAUGCUGCUGCGGCCAGUCCGCCUCGGCAGCAACGUCUUAUUUUUUAUGAUGCAGACGAGAUGGGUGAAGCUGCUGCGCGGGCCCCGCAUGUGUCGCAGUUCCACGGUGACAAUCUCACACCGACGAAGAGGCCGCGGCGGGCAUAUAGCUCCAGUGAUAAUCACGACUUGGGUCCUGCAGAGCGAUCCCCAUCGCCGGCACGCCGAGUCCGGUCGUCUGGUGUCCUUGCAGGCCCCGCUCAGACACCAGCACGGGGCAGGCAAGGCCAUGCAGGUGGCUUUGCGGCACUGGCAUCCCCGUGCACCCGUGGCGGCCGGCAUGGAGGUGCGAGUCGGCUGGCGCCGGCGCCCUGCGCGGGGUACCUGGUCACAACUGCUGCGACAGCCAGUGCAGGCAUCGGCUCAGAGAGUCCCAUGCCAAAAGUAGGCACCGCCUCUCGCACAGGAAGACGCCACACGGUUCCAUCUGAAGAGUAUCUCCGCCGCCGCAUGGAGGAUGACAGAGAUUGUGGGCUCACGUCGCCCUUUGGUUUCGGCAUGUUUAUGGGCACGGAGACACCGGGCGGUUGCGGUCGAGACCCGCGCACGGCCUCACGCCUGGCGCAAGCACUUGAUGCUGCAGCAAGCGGACCUGGGCCUGGGCUCAGCACGCCGAGUAGAGGCACAGAGGCUGAGCAUGCACAAGAACGUGGGAUGCCCGGACUGCACUUGCCAGCGAGUGAUGAUAACGAUGAAGAUGCAGAAGCCGUGCAGCAGAGUGUCCGGUCGUUGUCCUGCGUCUUUGAGACGCAAACCCAGGGCGGCAGCACCCUCAUGGUCCCCUGCAGCUUUCCCGCAGGGGUUGACGAGGGCGAGGAUGACCAAGGGGGCGGCUUGGGGCAAGUGGAGCAAGAGCUGCGUCGAGAGAUGUUGACAUUCGAAGAGCGUACUGUGGGCUCUCCGGCUUUGCAGUCCUCGGAGCAGCCGGGUGGCUUUGGUGAAGUGGAUGAGGGCGGGCAUUUGGAGUCUCGUGGGGUAGGGAGCGAGUAUGAUGGGGGGGGUCAAGGGCGCCAGUGCAGCUUCCGCUUUAGCAGCUUCUUCGACCGGGCUUCCCAGCAGCUGCACCGGCACCCCAGUUCAGGCGCGAUGGAGCUGCAUGCAGCGCCUGUCACACAGCUGCUUUUGGAUGAGAGCAGCCGGAGCUUCCCAGCCAACAGGGGUGAGGGUGUAAUAGCCCGUAGGACAGGCGGGCUGCACGCAACAAGGAGCGGUCAGGGCCCGCAACGGGAAUCGGGGCCAUUGGAAGAGCAGUCCAGGAUGAGCCUUGGGGGCCCGGGUCUCAACGAGCUGCUGGGCCUGUCACCGGCCUUCGGCACCCCUAUAACUGGCGGUCCACCUUCCGGUCGCACACUGCCGGAUCUUUCCCGCACCAUCCCGAUGCCGUCUUCUCUGCCCAGCCGUGCAGAGGAGGGAGGUCCAGGAGCAGCAGCAGCUGACGGAUGCUGCGUUGCAUCGGAGGAGCAGCAGCAGGUAAUGCUUGCACAUUCCUUGCGAAAGCACCGGCAGCAGACGCUGCAGCAAUGCUGGGGAGGGGCUGCACCGCGCCAUCCUACUCCGCUGGGCAUGCGGCCAGCAGGACAUGCGUUGGGUCUACAGCUGCCGCCAUCAAAAACAUUGGGACCCACCGGCCUUACGUCCCCUAAGUACUUCCGUUGA